CGCAUAUUCAUAAAGGGGAGUAACUCCACUGAUAUCUCCGGUCGGAAAAGAUGGCGGACUCCAGACAAAGGCAAUUUACGAAUCCAGAACAGCCGGGUUAUGUCGGAUUUGCUAAUCUUCCAAAUCAAGUUCACAGAAAAUCUGUGAAAAGAGGAUUCGAGUUUACGUUAAUGGUGGUCGGAGAAUCUGGUUUAGGCAAAUCGACUCUAGUAAACAGUCUAUUUUUGACAGAUUUGUACCCAGACCGAGUGAUUCCUUCAGCUCUCGAGAAAAUUAAGCAGACGGUGCGAAUUGAUGCCUCAACGGUGGAGAUAGAAGAACGUGGAGUAAAACUAAGAUUAACCGUUGUAGAUACUCCAGGUUUUGGCGAUUCUUUGAACUCUGCAGAUUGUUUCAUACCCAUUAUACAAUACAUCGACGAUCAAUUCGAAAGAUUCUUAAAUGACGAGAGCGGUCUCAACAGACGUCACAUUACUGACAAUCGAGUUCACUGCUGUUUUUAUUUCGUUAAUCCAUCAGGACAUGGGUUGAAACCACAUGACAUCGCAUUUAUGCGAGCUGUGCAUCAUAAAGUCAACAUUGUACCGGUUAUUGCCAAAGCCGACACCCUGACCAAACAAGAAGUCUUCAAUUUAAAGAGAAAGAUAUUGGAUCAAAUAGAUGAAUGUGGAAUCAACAUCUAUUCUCUUCCUGAUUGUGAAUCUGAUGAAGAUGAAGAUUUUAAAGAACAGUCCAAGCAGUUGCGGUCGGCUGUUCCUUUUGCUGUUAUUGGUGCCAACACAGUUAUUGAAGUGAAAAGUCGCAAGGUCAGAGGUCGAAUGUAUCCUUGGGGAGUUGUGGAAGUGGAGAAUCCAGAACAUUGUGAUUUUAUUAAACUUAGAACAAUGUUGAUCACUCACAUGCAGGACCUGCAAGAAGUAACCCAAGAAAUCCAUUAUGAGAAUUAUAGAGCUCAGAAGAUUGAAAAGGGUGAACCUGUUAAAAAACCAAGAGGAACUCUAACUCAGACAGAUAGUGAUCGAGAGAAGGAACUGAGAGAUAAAGAUGCUGAGAUUCAGAGAAUGCAGCAGAUGCUGGCUAAGAUGCAGGCAGAGAUGUCUCAACAAAAAGCUGUUCAAAAUGGAGACAGCAAGGCUCAAGAUGUGACAGUCUAGUCAGAUAUUAUCAUCCUAUAUUAAACCGCAUGAAUUAAUCAAACACACCGAUAUAUUUUCUUUAUGAGUAGUUUACACUGCACAAUAUUUAUAAUAUUAUUAUAUAUUUAAUGCUAUUUAGUCUUAUUGCUUGCCUAUAUUAUUUAUUUCAUACUGUAAAUGUACUUAAUAUCAACUUCCGGAAUCUGAAGACAAUGUUGUCACAAUUUAUAUAAAUAUUUUAUUUUGUAAACUUAAAAUUUGUAUGUUGUUAUAUAAAAGCCAAAAGAAUGCAUCUGAAGUGAGUAUUUGGUCAGUGUUGUAAAUCAAGUAAGAAUCAGAUUUGUUUAAUUGAAUGAUAUUGAAUGUUUCUAAAUUUGUUUUUACCAGUUAAACGUACCCAAGUCAUUAGUAUGGUAGUUCUAUUUGAAUAUUGUUGUUUAUGAUUGUCAGUAUGGUAUAAUUAACAGUGGUGGAUCCAGGCAGGGUUCCUAGGGGGCCUGAACCCCCUAAGUGACUGUAUAGAAAUCAUUUAUUAUUCUGUUUCAAUGAAACGUGUAAAUUUGUGCAUGUUGUUGGCUAGGGUGAUGUAGCUGAUAAGAAAUUGAAUGUUAUAUUUGGGUCCAAACUUUCUUGGAGAAACAACCCCUCUGCCCGCCCCCCCCCCCCCAUUUACCUAAUAUCCUGUAUCCAUCACUGAUUAAUUAUUUUACCUGUAGUUUAAAUGUCGACAAUACAUGUAUGUGUGUAACUCCUCUCCAUACUUUUAUGUGUGUAAUUCUACUACAAUACUUUAAUGUAAGAAUGCAGUUUGUUGUAUAAAAACGUUUCAUUAACCGUUCACCCUUCAAUAACUAGAGCUCCUUCGAACACCCAAACCGCUUGAGUCGUGUGAAUAGAUGCAGCACCCCCAGGAACUAAUAUACGAUCCUACAACAUGGAGAUCUAUUCACAAAUCUCUGGCAGUUUGAGGUGGUCUAUGGAACAGUGGAAUUGGAUGGGUACUCAAUAUUUACAUAUACCAAGUGCUAAAAGAUUAAGCUAUAGCCUACAUAUCAUUGUUAGAAUGAGGAAUAUAAACAAUUAAAUAUCAUCCAUAAUACUUAAUAAGUCAAUAGUCCUAUAUCUAUGCUACAUGGAUGUCAGUUUCCUGAACUUCAAUGAAUUUCCUGUUAUAAAUUUGAAUUUUGUGGCAUGUACUGAACCUAUAGUAAGAGUUUCCUUAUUGAAAAUCUUUUAAAGGAAGAUAGGAAAUGCAUGACCUAUAUACUGUAUGUUAUUUGCUAAUUGCUAUGUAAUGGAGUGAUUUUUUUUAUAAAUGAUCUUAUAUUUUUCAACAUGAAUGGGUCCAAUAGCUUAACGUGUAGCCUGUGUUCAAAGUUAUGGACAUGACUCAUAUUACUAAUGACUAUAAGAGUUUGAAACUCUAGUAAACAUUGAUAUACAUCAACAAAUGAAGUAUGAAGUAUGUAAAUAAUUAACUUAUUUUUCUAACUAGAAAUAAUAUUCAAAAUAAAACAUUGGUCUCUUUAAAGCAUAAUAUUAAUUCAAUUGUGUUCAAAGGUCCAACAAUUACUUAAUUAAAAUCUUUUUAAAACUAACAAUUAAUCAAACUGUUAUUUAUAUGAACAGCAUUCCUACAGUACCCGGUUUUUCAUUUUAUAUUGUUGUUUGGCUAAUUGUUAAUGUUUAAUGUGGUCUUUUUUUUCAUUUUUUUUACAUUUGAUGUAUUUUAUUACAUUUAUGUUCUGAAUGCUGCCUCUGGUAGGCGCCUCUUUUGUUACAAUUAUUAUUAUAGUCACUAUGUUUUUGCGUGCAUUAUUAUGUAGUUGCGUAUGUUUAUUGUAGUUUUAUCCAUGUUUUUUAUCUCUAUUUUGUAUGCUGCCAAUUUAAGGCUUCUCAUAUUAUUAUUAUUAUUAUUCCAACCUUCUUUCAUUUUAUUCCAAAACAUUUUAUGUAUUUUUAAUUUAAUUGUAUUUGAUACAAUAAAUUAUCUUAUCUUA